AUGCCUGUCCAGAAAUGGCAUGUUGAGAGUUGUUCACAUUCCACGCAGCUCGCAGCGCUCAGGCCCGUAGCAAGCUGGUUUCCCUUCCAGAUUGUGUUCUGUACUCUCAGUCCCGCACAACCUAACUCGCGCGGCCGGAAGCUCCCGGAGGCAUCCGCAGCUAUCCGCAGUCACAGGAGCAACGUAAGGGGAAAUGUUGGAUCAGACGGUGUUGCUCAGGUCAUUUUUCUAUCCUUGGCUGCAGCCGUCACACACCACAGGGCUUCUUAUCAUGCUCUCUCGUCCGGUCCCACUCUAUCCAUCGUAGUCCUCAGCUUCCUGUCCGCCAUUACUGCCACCAUAUCUCUUGCGACGAUCGGUGGCUCGUAUUACAUCAACAGGGUCCCCCGUUCCCCUUGGUCGCAGCUGACCGUCUUUCCAGCCUUGUGGGCGACCGUUUGGGGUGUUGUUGCGAACAUCAGCCCUGUAGGACGGCUCGCUACCUGGAGCCCAGUCGUUGGAUUCGAGGCCUACGAAUGGAUUCGCCCAGUCUUCGGCCAAUUCGGGAUCGACUGGCUCGUGGCGGCGUGGGCUGUGGUCGGUGCGCACACCAUAGGCAACUGGCUGGUCGGCUCAGCCCUCGCCGAGGAUGUUGAGAUCUUUGUCGAAGAAGAGCAGAUCAUUUCCUUCACGUCUGACAACCUUCUUCCACAUCCCCAGCCAGUACGGCCCCGCAAGCGAUCAUCUCUACCAGGUGUAGGCCACGUCCUCGUACUGGCCGGUACACUUGUCUGCCUUGCAGCGCCCUCGUUUGUUAUUUCCUCACUCCCGCUUCCCGCCGUAUCUUCUCUGUCGACUACAAGCCUCGACGUUGCAUGUGCCCUGCCCGAUUUACGGCGGUCUGGCGUUUUGACUGGCGCGCCCGGCUUAAAUGAUUUCAAAAGCGAAAGUAAAAUGCUCGAAAACUCAGCAGACAUCAUCCUUUGGCCAGAAGGGGCUGUACACUUUGAGUCCAGUGCGGAGAAGGAGGCAGCGUUUGAAAAGUUAUCGUCGGGAAUGUCAAACAAGAAGCUAUAUGGCAUCAGCUUUGAGGAGUACACGCUUCGCGAUAUGUCGAAUGGCACACAGAAGGAAGGCAUCCGGAGGAAUGGGUUUGCACUUCUCAGCAAACAAGGGCUCCUAAUGGAAUACUACAAACAGCAUCUCGUUCCAAAAUCAUUCUCUUUGACCGCGUCAUCCGAUCCUCCAGAGAUCUAUACGUGGAACCUUGGGCCCCCGAAAGGUUGGAACAAGACUGCAUGGUCUCCCCAAACGCCCUCCAUGCGGCCAAUUCCACUUACUGCAUCCAUCUGUCUCGACUUCUCUACCUCCGCUUCGUUCAGUUCCCUUGAGGAGCGCCCUGCACUCAUCCUCGCACCUGCACGGACAUGGCAUACCAGCGUCGGGUAUGCCAUGUGGGAACAGGCGAGGGCGCGCGCAGAGGAGCUCGGCAGCGUGGUGCUGUGGUGUGACGGCGGCGCCGGGGGUGUGAGCGGCGUCGCGGGCGGCGGCAUGCGCGAGUUUGUGCAGGUCGGGCAGGGAUCGUGGGUCCGCCAAAUCGGCAUCGCGUGGCCGUUCGACCAGCGCCGCACAUUCUUCUCCCGCGGGGGAGGAUGGGCUGCGGUGGGCGCAGCGUGGGGCAUUGUUGGUGUGGGUGCGGGCGUGGAAAUUCUGGUGCUGAAAUUCUUGGGCGUGGGUGGGGCUGCGAGAAUUGUUGGUAAGAUCCGUACGCUCGCCGCCGCCGCCGGGGCGCUGAGCUUGCGCCGGAAGAGAGAGGAGCAGCAGCCGCUCUUGCCGCAUGACUUGCUGGAGGGCUGA